UCUUGUGAAUUAUUGAAAAGUGGAGCCUACAAAAUGGAAAGUUAUGCUUUUGAAGACCUCCUCCCAAAGAAUUGGUCUUCAGCAACAUCAAUGAAAGAGAUCAACAUUCAUGCCUCAGAGCCAUCGGCUUCAUUUUCCAAAGACCAAUUUGAGAAUGAUUUUGACUUCUUUGAUGCUAGAAGGUCAAGAUGUUCUAGAUUAGAUGGAAACUUCAAUGCUCAGAAUUUAAUUCCAGAAGAUGUAAGGGAUAAUUCGAGCUUGCUGAGCGAAGAGUCAAGUUCAUCCACUGCCGUGAGGGGUAAGGCCAUCGAACAUUCACCAUCAAGAAAAGUGACAGGCGAGGAAAGAAGAAAACAUAGAAAUGCUUUUGCAAGCACUAGAAAUAAGUGCAGUACUGAGGACGAAAAAUACAGAAGUAUGUCAAAUCCAUCGAAGCAAAAAUCAUCUCAUUUUUCGAACUCUCUUCUCCAGGAAGAGUUGGGUGCAAAUAACAGUUGGCAGUUUGAGGAAAGAUAUGCUUCUGCUCAUGGAAGUUCUGUUGCCACUUCAUUCUGCCGAGAUUUAGAGAGAAACUUUACAGCCUUCGACUCCAAGAAUAGGACUGAAGAUCCUUUUAUGGUCAUUACUACUCCGGAAUUACAUAACAAGGCCAGUCCUUCCUUUGGUGGAUUUAAAAAUGCUGCACCUCUUGCAGAUUCAUCUCCUUGCAGUUUUACCCCUGAAAAUUUUGCAUUCGAUUGUUCAACUGCAUUCCCGAAUGAUUUGUCAUGGCCAACCAGCCCAAGUUUAUCUCCUGAUUUUCAGUUCAAAAGAAAGCCUCUAGAUGCUGGUGGUUUUAAUUGUGAGACUUCAUCUUCUGAUAUGUCAGUACAGGGAAGUGUUAGCAAAGGUGAGAGAAAAGUGAAAUUGCAAAAAGACACGUACAAAAAUUUUGAGCAAGAAGAAGAUAUUUUCAUGGGAGAUAAAGAAUUGUCCUCAGAAAAGAAAAUGACAGGAGAUGCUCCAACUUCCAAUAAUCAUGCGCAAGGCACAGACGACACAGAUCCAAAAACAACAGCGUGUCUUGGAACAGCUGAUUCUCCUGGCCAUGUGGAGGAGAUAUCAUCGUCUCUGAAGAAACAUGACAAACACGAAAACCAAGUAGAUAAAAGAAAGAUCAAUUGUGAUGCUGAAACUCCCCUUAUAUGUAAAAGUACAAAUGAAGAAAUGAAAAAUUGGCAGCGUGAAGAAAGAAACACGGUGAGUGGAAAAGAAAACAAUGAUCAAAUUAACUUGUCAGAUCAGGUGAUGUUUGAAAGCUACGUCUUUCAUCUUCUGCGUGUUCAGAAAGUAUUAUUGAAGGGUGCAUGCACAACAUAAAGAAGGAAUAACGCCUUCCUUGGACUUAGUAGCAAUACAAUUUCUCAUCAGACUUAUAGGGAACAAAAGAACAGUAAAAAGCGUUUUUUCCACAAUGCAUUGUUCAAACAGAUAACUUGCUCGGCUAAGUUUCGGUAUUCUACCCGUUUAAGUCUGCUUAUUGGUUAAGGUCAAAUCUUCUCCAGCAUAUAUAGCAUGUCCGACUGUAACAUAACAUGAAGAAGUGUUAAGUAUCUCAGGUUACAAAUCUCCA